CUGAGAGAGGAAAGUAGAGGUAAUUUCCCAGCUGUUGGAGCAGGGUGGAGGGUUGGAGCCAUCUUCCAGCAGAUGCAUGAAAGCAAAAUAUCCUAGGAUGCUGACUAUCAGUUUUCCUGGGUAAGGAAAGCUGUCACACCUAAAGCAACAGGCACUCGGCUCUGUGAUCCAGAAAGUCCUUUUCAGCUCCAUCUUUCUAGAUACAGAGCAAGACAAAUGGUAGCUGAAUAUGGGAAAUCGAAUAGUCGGGGCUGAUGGAGGCUUUAAAAAUUCUCCUGCAGGUCUGGAAUAAAACUUCCAUCAUCUGAGGUUUACUUAUUUCCAUGUCUCAUGGUGGUGCAUGGAGGAAGAACAAGGAUUCUACUAACUCUUCUCUGCCCAUUUUGACGUAGGAACUAUGGGUCCUCAAUGACACUAGCAAAUGUCAGGCUCACAAGAAAGGGAAGGGGUUAUUUCACAAAAGGUGCCAUUAGUUUGUGAAACUCCUUGCUAAAAGAUGGUGUGGGUGCUAAAAUUUUGCACAGAAGAGGCUAGAUGGGUUUCUGGAGUAGGGUUAAUUAAAAUGGAAAAAACACAUCCAGUCUAGGAAGUCUCUGAGCUUCAAAUUGUUGGAAGCUGGGAAGGUACAUAGGAGAAGUGUCAUGGUAUGUUUCCUUUCUCAUAUUCUUCCCUAAGCGUCUGCUUUUGAUGCUGGACAUAGGAUCUGAGGCUGGAUGGACCUUUGGUGUGACCGAGGGUAUGGCUGUCCUUGUGUGCCUGGGCUCUCCUCACUUAGGCUCCUGCCGUGACCACCAUGCCCCACUCGCACCCCACCAACACCUCGCUGUCGGAGCUGCACCUGACAGGCAUCCCGGGGCUGCAGCACCUGCACCACUGGAUCUCCGUCCCCUUCUGCAUCAUGUACCUUGUCACACUGGCUGGGAACAGCACCCUCCUGUGCGUGAUAAAGGCUGAUCCCAGUCUGCACCUGCCCAUGUUCCUCUUCUUGUCCAUGCUGGCAGUCAUUGACCUGGUGAUGUCCACCUCCAUUACCCCCAAAAUGCUGGGAAUCUUCUGGUUUCACUCCACUGCCAUCAGCCUGGAUGCUUGUCUUACCCAGAUGUACUUUGUUCAUGCUUUCUCUGUGAUGGAGUCAGGGGUGCUGGUGGCGAUGGCCUUUGACCGCUACGUGGCCAUCUGCAAUCCACUGCGGUAUUUGUCCAUCCUGACCGGCCCCGUUGUGGCUGCCAUUGGCUUGGCUACCCUGCUCAGGGCUGUAGUUUUCAUGAGCCCCCUCACUUUCCAGAUUCACCGCCUGCCUCUCUGCAGCCCAGCAGUCGUGGACCACUCGUACUGCGAGCACAUGGCCGUGCUCAGACUGGCCUGCAGAGAUGCUGCCUUCAGCAACACCUACAGCCUCUCCAUCUCCACCUACGUGGGCAGCUUUGACUCACUGCUCAUCGCCCUCUCUUACGCACUCAUACUCCGAGCUGUACUCAGCCUCUCCUCCCCACAAGCCCGCAAAAAAGCCUUCAGCACCUGCAGCUCACAUCUCUGCCUCAUAGCCCUCUUCUACAUCCCUGGGCUGCUCUCCAUGUACAUGGAGAGGUACCACCAGGAGCUCCCACCCCACAUCCAGGUCCUGUUGGCUGAUAUCUACCUCCUCAUCCCGCCGGCAUUCAACCCCCUGAUCUAUGGCAUCAGGACAAAGCAGAUUCGUGAUGGAGUGUGCAAGGUGAUCUCCCAGAGACCCACAGCAGGACGGAUUGGGCCUGGCCUUCAGGGCACAGGGCUGGGACUCAUGAAGACAAAGUCCGUUCCCUAGAAUGGCCAAAACCUCUUCUGGACCUUGGUGCGGCUCUCAGUGUACGUUCAGAGCCGCAGGUGCCCCAGGAAACGUUGGCACCCACUGAACUCAGGUCAGCACCAAGGGCUUCAGCAGGUUGUUCUCCCGCCGGUCCCUAGCCCAAGGCAGUGAUAUCGGCACGGCACCUCUGGGUGGUCCAGUUCCCUCAGAUCUCCCAACAUAAAUAA